GACAAUUGUCAUUCGCGCAUUUCCUUAUGUAAAUACUUGUAAAUACCGCUUGAUUGCAGCAUUUUUACAAUAACCUGAAUUAUAUUUUGUACUUCUGGAAUUGGCUGAGAAGUGUUUUGAAACAUUUAGCAAUAUUCUAAAUUUAUCACAAUUUUAGACACCAUGCUGCUCUCGGCACCAUUGCUUUCGAAGGCUUCUUUCUUCGGCUCAUUGGUCAACAAAUGCAGGCAAGUGAUUAAAAAUCAACCAACAAAGUCAUCCAAAAUAAAUGAUUUACAAACGAACAACAUUAUUGAUUUACAAUCAUCAAAUACUCUCACUGCCACACAACCCGUAACUAUCUCCAUCCCCUCUACCGACAGGCCAGCGGCCAACUUCGCCUCAAGUGCUGCAUCUUCCAUCCGUACGCUCGAAGAGAAGCUAGGUAUACCACCACGUCCGAAGAAGCCAUUGACGCCUUACUUUCGUUUCAUGCAAGAGCAGCGUCCUAAAAUAAUUGCUGAAAAUCCUAAAAUCAGCACAGUGGAUAUUGUGCGAAUGGUAUCGAAGCGUUGGAAUGAUGCAGAUGCAGCCUUAAAGAAACGCCUGCAAGACGAUUACAGGCGUGACCAACACCAGUUUGUGGAAAUUCGUACCAAAUACGAGGCGAAAUUGACUGACGAACAACGCGCCGAACUGAAACAGCUUAAAAAAGACAUACAAGAUGCUAAGGACCGCAGGAUGAUACGAAAGCGAAUCAAAGAGCUCGGUCGUCCUAAAAGACCCGCGUCCGCCUUCCUUCGUUUUCUGACACAAGAACGCACAAAUUCGCCGCAAACACCAAAACAGACCUACCGCGAAUGGCAUCAGUGGUGUACCGAAAAAUGGUCGCGUCUUUCAGAUAAGGAGAAAGAAGUGUUUUUGGCAGAAUCGCGUAAAGAUAUGGAAUUAUACAAAACAGAAAUUGCGCAGUGGGAAGAAAAGAUGGUGCGUCUGGGAAACAUUGAUGUAGUACGCCAGGGUAAUUUAAUAGAGGCACCAGAACCCAGGUUGAAGGGAAUAAAAGAAUAAAACCAACCGCCUAGUUGGGCAUUUAAGCUGAAUACUUUUACCUAUGUUUAUUCAUUUAGCAUUAGGUACAUUUAAACUAAGUUUUUGCAUAUAUGUACAUACGUGCGUGCAUAUGUACAUAAAAUAUUUUGUUAAAGUGUGCACUCUUUAUAAGAUAACUAACUUUUGUAAGCGAAAGAAGUCUAUUUUCUUAAAAUAUUCAUGCGAGAAAACGUCAUCGUACUGAACGCCAUCGACAUUGGCAUUACUUCUGGCAUACAUACAAGACCAAGCAUGUGUACAUAUAUACAUACAUUCAUAUUUACAGCGUAUAGAGUUAUGCUUUUGUUUUUGCUCUUAAUUUUUGGUCAAAUAAAAAAAUGAGAUAAAACCAAGAA